AUGAUCGGUCUGGUGUCGCAGAAAGGAUUUCAAAUAUCGGCUUAUUUUGUCUGUCGAACACUGGUAUCGAUGAGACAUGCAUCUACAGAGGAAGUGAAAGCACCUGAUGCUGUGAUUAAUCUGCUGUCCUUUUUGAACAGCGAAGAUAGUAUUUACAAGCUCUCUGCGAUGAAAGGGAUCUCGAAGAUGGACGCGAUUAAGAUCUGCAAUCAUCGUAUAUCCGUUGGACCUCUAAGCGACGUCAGUGAGCUGUCAGAGCUUCUUGGCAAAUCCCCGGAGAUGAUUGAGAAGAUCGCCAAUGCGCGCUUCGAACCCGCCUUCUCCUUCAGCGACACAAGUCCCGAUGCCAAGAAGAAGAAGCUGAUGAGGAUGUGUUCUCCGGUACCGAAGCAGGAUCAUGCGAAGCGUUGGACUAGAGUUUUGUCGUAUCGAUUCAAUGCGCUUCAUUUCUCAUGGCUGGUGAUGGAAAGAAACUUCAGCGUCGUUGACUGGGGCAGAAAGGUAUUGUUCCCUAACGACGACCCACACAACGUUGGUACCGGCGGUAGUCAGCUGAAACUUCGGUCAGUUUUCAUUCACGAUCUAGUCCGAUCUUUGAUCAGCACUAUUGUGGACUUCGACUGCGUAGUGAAGGAAAAACUUAGCUUCUUGGCCAUUGUGGACAGCUCCAAAUCGCUCAAGUACCAAAUUCUACUCGCCAUGCUGGAACAGGCAUUCUGUUCGGCGACUUUUAGCCGCCUAAAGCCAUGGCUAGCUGAACCGGACGAAAACUGCGAGGAUAAGAAGAAGACGGGCAUUAAGAAACGGACAGCCUCGAAAAACGACACCACUCAGUUGUGGCCGAUGUUUGAAUUUGACUUCCAGUUGAUCAACCAGUUGUUCGGUCUGAAAGCCUCGAAGAGGUCUCGUUUCAUAUCAAGGUCUUGCAUUUCAAGUUUGUUGUCGCCUGAAAUUUCGCAGUCGCCAUUUCCUGUGUGUACAGUCCCGGUAAAAUAUCAAGAGUUUAUCGAUCGCCUGAAGAAUGUUGAGUUGCAUACAGAAGGAGCCGCUUUUCUUCAAGCCUUUGCGUUUUGCUACUUGUUUGGCGAUUCGUAUGCGAAGCUAACCAAUUCAUAA